GACCUCUUUUGACCCGGAAGUUAACGUUAGACUCGAGCUGUUCCAUCGGCGGAGCAAAGAUGGCUGAGCAAGGCGCCGCAGAUCCUGGUAACAACAACAAUAAUAAUAAGCCCGAAGACUCAGAGGGAACGAUUAUUAAGGUCACAGUGAAAACUCCUAAAGACAAAGAAGAAAUCGCCAUCGCAGAAGAUGCUUCCGUCACUCAGUUUAAAGAGGAGAUCUCCAAGCGGUUCAAAGCCAAGCAGGACCAGCUGGUUCUGAUUUUUGCUGGGAAGAUUUUGAAAGACGGAGACAGCCUCAGCCAACACGGCAUCAAAGACGGCCUGACAGUUCACCUCGUCAUAAAAACGGCACACAAGGCAGCAGAUGGCGCUAGCACCUCAGCCUCUAGCUCAACCUCCACUCAGGCAGGCAGUAGUUCCACCUCUAGUCCAGCUGCCAACCCCACCUCUACAUCGGCCCCUUCUGGCUCUGCCCCACCAUCCACACAGACGCCCAACCUUCUGACGGGCUUUGGGGAUCUGGCUGGUCUAGCUGGUCUGGGCAUGGGCUCGGCUAACUUCAUGGAGCUGCAGCAGCAGAUGCAGAGACAGCUCAUGUCCAACCCAGAGAUGCUGUCCCAGAUUAUGGAGAACCCACUUGUGCAGAACAUGAUGUCCAACCCGGACCUGAUGCGACAGAUGAUCGUGGCCAACCCACAGAUGCAACAGCUGAUGGAACGCAACCCCGAGAUCUCCCACAUGCUGAAUAAUCCUGAGCUCAUGCGACAGACCAUGGAGCUCGCCAGGAACCCAGCGAUGAUGCAGGAAAUGAUGCGAAACCAGGACCGCGCUCUGAGUAACUUGGAAAGCAUCCCAGGAGGUUACAACGCCUUGCGGAGGAUGUACACCGACAUCCAGGAACCCAUGUUCAGUGCUGCCAGGGAGCAGUUUGGAAGCAACCCGUUCUCGGCUCUGGGUGGGAACUCCGAGUCCGGUGCCCAGCCAUCGCGGACAGAGAACCGCGAGCCCCUUCCCAAUCCGUGGGGGCCACCAAACUCUUCUACCUCUUCCGAGAGCGGAACAGGCACCACAGGGAGCACGAGCACCACAGGGUCCACCAACCCCAGCGUGUCCAAUCCUCUAGGCAUCAAUCCUGGAAGUCUGGGAAACGGCAUGUUCAACAGCCCGGGCAUGCAGAGUCUGCUUCAGCAGAUCUCCGAGAACCCUCAGCUGAUGCAGAACAUGCUGUCGGCUCCGUACAUGCGCAGCAUGAUGCAGUCGCUGGCUCAGAACCCAGAGUUAGCCUCACAGGUAAUGAUGAAUAAUCCGUUGUUUGCUGGAAACCCGCAGCUGCAAGAACAGUUUAGAGCUCAGCUGCCCGUUUUUCUGCAGCAGAUGCAGAACCCAGAAGCCCUGUCGGUCAUGACCAACCCCCGGGCCAUGCAGGCUCUAAUGCAAAUCCAACAGGGUCUACAGACGCUGCAGACGGAAGCCCCCGGCCUGAUGCCCAGUUUGGUACCAGGUGGAGCCCCUGCCGUGCCCACGGGAGGGGGCGUGCUCCCGGAGAACCCUGCCUCGUCGCCCAGCAGCACAGGAACAAACGCCGCCCAGCAGCAGCUGAUGCAACAGAUGCUCCAGAUGUUCGCUGGAGGAGGUGGAGGAGGAAGUGCAACGACCCAGACCCCCGAGAUGCGGUUCCAGACCCAGCUAGACCAGCUGAGCGCUAUGGGCUUCAUCAACCGCGAGGCCAACCUUCAGGCGCUCAUCGCCACCGGAGGAGACAUCAACGCCGCUAUCGAGAGACUGCUGGGUUCACAGCCCUCGUAAAGACACGGAGUACAUACUGACACAGACACACACACACUCAUGAACACACACUUAACUCAUAACACACCCAGCGUCUACAGACAGAAGCAAGAGAAAUUUACCUGAUUUCCCCCAAACUUGACAGAAGAAACUGAAAGAUCCUCACUCUCCACGUCUGUUCUCAGAUCAUUCCCUACUUCCCCAUAAUCCUGUUUUUGUUGCUUUCUCGUUUUUGCCGACAUCCAUCCAGAUGUUUCUGCGGAGUCGGACUGGGUCGCUCUCCUCUCAAAGGCGGUUCUGGUUUAGACAGAAUGAUUGAAAUUCUCUCUAUCUUGUUUACUUCCUCCAAACAUAAUGAGCUUAGUGUUGUGGGCAAACAUUUACUCCAAAUGGAUUCAGACCCAUGUGCCGUAAGUGACCGUAGACACGGCCACUGCGCGGCGGUGUGGUCGUUUUCUCAACAUCAACAGCAAGAACUCCCGUUCAUCUUUCACCUUUCUAGUUUCUACACGCGUGGCUGUUUUUGCCCAGCAGCUUCCACUAUUUAUUGCAAGCGCCUCAUAACAAGACGCCUUCCAGUUUUCCCCUCAAACUUGUAAUUUGUCAUUCCAGAUUAAAGUGCCCACCCGUGAGUGCGGUGCUGUUGUCUUUCUGAAGUAGCAGUGCUGUCCUGCUCUGCGUUGUCAGCGGGUUGCUCCGACACCCUCGUGUCCCACACCGUGGUUCUGGACUCCAGCCGUAAACAUGCAUCACUUAGCAGCAUCUCUGGUUGAUGCUAGCAUAAAUACGAAUGAUGCAAACGACUUUUUCUUUCAUUUUAAUCAGAUUUUUUUGGUUUUCUUUUUCUUUCUCUUUUUUUUUUUUUGAGGUGCAUUUAGGACCUAGAUGCUGAAUAAUUCCACAUAAAUGUGGAAAACCUAAGAAGUGAUGAAAAGGCUUUAAAGACAGCUGUGACUCGGUGGCAGAGUGCUUUUCUCCAAUCGAAAUCUAGGGGGCUUUAUCAUAAUUAUUAUUUUCCUUCUUGAAGGUCUCGGCAUCGUGGUUGUGGUAACCAUGGCAACUGCUUCGAUAGCUUUGCUUUGUCUGUUCACCUCGGCGGAAAAUUAAAAGUAAAAAUCCAUUUCCCAGUUGAAAAUGUUGAACUAACUUUUAACAGUACUGUACUAAAAAAAAAGUAAUAAACCAUGGUCAAAAACA